AUGCUGAAAAGCAUCAACAACGCGGCUGCCGGCUCGGUGCUUCAAGGUAUCAGAAUGGGCUUCACUCUGUCCCAGAAGGAGACUCAGGCCAGCAAGCAGGGAUAUCUACCCGGCCAAUGUGUACAUGGUGCGAGCGUUGAGGAGGAACUGGCGAGCGGGAAGCGCCUUCUGGAGGAAUACUCCGUCGGCGAAGCCAUUGGCGAAGGAGCCUUCGGUGUCGUUUAUGCGUGCGCACAUCGGAAGACGAGAAUGCAGGCCGCGGUAAAGAUGGUGGACAAGGUUGAGACACCGACGGCCGUGAUACGCAGAGAGGCAGAGUUGAUGAAGUCCCUCUCACACGACAACAUCGUUCGCUUCCAUGCCGUGUACUUCGAGAGGUGCUUUGUGUGCAUAGUUAUGGACAAGUACAGCGGAGGAGAUCUUGUCGAUGGUAUGCAGACGCAUAUGAAGGAGCACGGGAAGAUAAAUCCCAGAGACAUCAUCCAUGUCAGUUAUCAGAUGGCGGCCUCCAUCAAGUAUCUCCAUGGACGACACAUUGCGCACCGUGACAUCAAGGGAGACAACUUCUUGAUCACGACCCGGGAUCUCCGAGACCAAGAUUGCAAAGUUGCUCUGAGCGACUUCGGCACUGCAGAGCUGGUGGAGGGACAGCGGCGAUUGUCCUCUGAGGUUGGGACCAGGAUCUUUUGGGCUCCAGAGAUUUUUGGCAAGAGCUAUGGCUUGAAGGUGGAUGUUUGGGCCCUCGGGAUCAUCAUGUACGGCUUGCUGGAUGGUCGCUUUCCUUUCAAGGACGAGCACGACAUCAAGACAAAGGAGCCAAAGUAUCCAAAGAGGCUGGAGCCGCUAUGCCAAGACUUCAUUCGAGUAAUGCUGUUAAAGGAGGAGGACGUUCGUGCUACGGCAGACGAUGUGAUGGUUCAUCGAUGGCUCUCUGACUUUGCAGGUUGCUCGCAAGCCAAGGAGUCCGAGGACUUCAUGGAGACGCAGAAGAGCUCGGAGUCCAGAGAAGGCCGGCGGAGAAGUUCCGAGUCCUUGGAGGUGCCCGUUCAUCAGUUCGAACAUGAGGAGCCCAACUGCAGCGUUGCAGAGAGGCGGCGAGAGCUUAUGGAACGAUUGAACAACGAGCACACGAAGGGCCCCGCAGCCGUGGAUUUCCUGCAUUGCGCCAGCUUGACCGAGUUCUCAGUGCCAGAUCGCCGGCUGCCAGGGGCGCAGUGGUUGUACCAGUGGUGGGACCGGAUACAGGCCGAGAAUCUGGGACCGCGCAGUUCAGAGGGCCAAGAGCGCACCCUUGAGGAGGUGUCCAGAGAGCUCGACAGGUCACCACACAUCGUUGGCAAGAUGUUGCAGGACUACAACAUUGACAUUGCGAAAUUUGGCAUGGGAGAGGCCAAGACCCUUGAGCAGCUGGCUUCGGAGGUGCAGAACGGCUCUGUGCGUUUGAUGCUGGAUGCGACCACUCACAAAAAGCUGGUGCGCGUGGUAGAUGUGGUCUUGCUUCGGCUGUACUCUUCGUCCAGAAAGGACCGCCUGUUGAUCGAAGUUGGUGAGCAAUAUCCGGACGGGCGCAGGCGUGCUGCCUCGCGACUUCCUGGCACGAAAAAGUUCCCACACGAGAACUCACAGGAGACUGCGUUCCGGGUCUUGCAGGAUCUCUUGGGGGUGACGGCCCGGGCAGCCAACUUUGCCUUCGAAGACACGGAGGUCUACGAGGAGGAGAUGGACUCGCCUUCGUUUCCUGGAGUUCGGACUGUCUACAGGAAGGAAAUCAUGGAGGGCCAUCUGAAAGAAACCGACGAGGCAACGGCACUGCGAAUUGGGCUCUUUGAGCCUGAAGGUACCGACUGGAGUGUCCAGGAUCACAAGGGCAACCUGAAGUCUUUUGCCUGGAUGACGGAGCUUGAAGCUCACAAAAAAAAGGUCAAGCUGAUGGCAGAAGGCAGCGAAGAGGUCAGUGGUCUGGUCAUGCCUCCAGUAGGCUUUAACGAAGAGGACUUAGUUGCAUACCUGGGCAGCCAUAGCAUCGACACGGAGAGUUUCGGGACAGGUUGUGCCAAGUCGUUGAAGGAGCUUUCCCGUGAACUGACUUCUGGCCAGUCUUCGUUGCUGAUCGAUUCUUCGGGAAAGGUUGUCAGGGUUGUCGACCAGGUCCACUUGGUAGUUGUGAGCCCGUCUGACAAGGUCCUGGUGCAGGUUGCAUACGUCACACCAGAUGGGGCCAAGCACUCGCUGAAUCGCCUCCCUGGCACAAAGGGUCGGCCAGAUGAGAGCCAAUUUGUGACGGCGCGGCACCUUCUCCAGAAGCAGAUACACAUCGAUCCCAAUCAAGUCCGGCUGGACCCUGGCAAGGCCGUCAUUUGGGAGGAGUUCCGACGGUCGCCGAGUGUGCCGAGCCUUCCAACGGUCUAUCGACGUCGGUUCAUUGAAGCAACAGUCAUGGUGCCUUGA